AUGGGCAAAGCAGGAAAGCCAUGGCGAACAGGAAAGGGUGCCGAGGAAGAGGAGCCCUACUCCUGGCGCUACUGGCGUGGGCCCUGGCGGCAGGCAGCGGACGACUCCGGCUGGUAUGCAGGGGCAGUGACACCCCGAUUUCCAGCCUACGAUGCAGUCGGAACCAAGGGCACCGCCAAGGGAUCUGCACCAUCUACGAGAGUGGAGACAACCAAGGAUCCGGAGUCUAUGCUGGUGAAGGCCUUGCAGGACAACAUCAACCAGGCCAGAAAGGCAGAGCAGAGAGUACGCACUCUUCUUGCAACAAGGAACAAGAAGCAAGAGAUGUGGCUCACCUUUCUGGACGGGAUGAAGCAAGCGUACCUGCAGGAACUAGCCAGGCACCAAAAAGAUGUCGCCAAACUGGACACAGACCUCGAGACGGCUCUGGCUGUUCAGGAACAGGCGAGACAGCAGCUCCGGGUUAUUGUCACCGCAGGACCGGAACCAGUACAAGACGCUCAGGCCAUGCAGGAUGCCGAGUGGGAGGAGCUGCAGCAGACGUGGCAGCAAGAGCAGACACAAGUGGAGGAUGCAGGCUCCGUCUUACAGCGAGCCCUGAGUGCAUGUGGGCUCGACCAUCAGAAGCUGAUAGCAGCCACCAGUCGAGUGUCGCAACUGCAAGCCGCACCGAGGUAUGCAGUGCCGGAAGGGUGUAUUCCCAGCGAUCCCUUUCAGUUGUCACCGACGGCAACUGGACCGCCCGGACUUUCAUCUCGGGCGACUACUCCUCUCCGCCUGAAGCACACGACGGACAAGGGUCACCGAGCUCCCAUCAAGCCGGUGGUGACGCCUUCUCCGAAGACACCGGUACCCGAAAAGUCGUUACAUGCGAAGCUGGAAAAGGCCCGCGAGGCGGCAGCAAGAGACGAGGGUGUGGCGAUGAGGCCGUUUGGUGUGAGACCACCAGCCGGCACGGAAGGUGGUGCUCCAGCAGUGGAGCCCAAGCCACCGGAGACCGUGGACGUCGAUCAGGAGACGGAGGCGAACAAAGCAGGACUGCAUCACAUGGGCUAG